UCCAGGGUCCAGCUUCCGCCAUUUAACUGCAGGUAAAAGUAUCCAGGCCGCUUUCCAAGAUUCGGGCGGCUUCUCACCUCCCUCAUUCUGUUCCUUUUCCUGCGGCCCAAGAAAUCCCACAUUGCUUGGCGGGCUGAAUGGUCCCGGUAAACGUUCUCCCUAGCCAGCCGACUAUACCGAUAAGGGCGUCCUAUCGCAUCAACCUCAAGGGUUUGGGGAUUAGUGCUCGUUAUUCAUAUACGGCUGAACCCUGCAUAUUCGCAGAUCUGUGGACAACAUGGUGCCUGACUUGCGUAUCCUCGUCGAUGGCGACGCAAGAGUGUACCGUCGCGGAGACAAAGUCACUGGAAGAGUUAUACUGGGAGUUGAGCAUGAGGAGGACGUUGUAGCACUCAAAAUCAGCUUCUCGGGCGUCUGCAUAACUACCACGAACCGGCCAGUCUACACUCCACACCGUGCUGACGCCACGGCGCCAAUGCAGAGGUAUCAAGAACGCGUUCAGUUGUUCAAGUUCGAACAAGACCUACUAUCGGGAAGCGAACUUGCAUCGAAUAAGGAAUCUCGGACCUUCGAUUUCAAGUUUCCCGAAUUGACGGUACCGCGAUUUUCAAAAUGGCAACAUGGGCCAAAGUACCUCAAGAGCCCUCACCCACUGCCACCAUCCUUCCAAACGGAUACGUCCGGUGGUCAGGCGGUCGUAGCAUACUGCCUUCGAGCGACACUUGUCAGGGGAGGAAGUCACAGACCACUAGAGACCCAAGAGAUGCUUCCGUAUCACCCAACUCCCGACAACAUACAGUUGGAACCACAAGCCCACUCGCGUGUCCUCUACGCCCAGAUCUGGAAGCCUCUUUCUGACAGCCGAACCGCCAUGGACAAAGCCAUGUCCAAGCUCUCCCGCCGCUCCUCGAGCGCCACUGGGCCCCGGAUCGUCCCAACCCUCCACCACCCAGAGACAAUCGCGCCCGGCCAAAAUAUCCCGCUCUACCUCUCUCUCGAAGACGCCUCACCCGCACCCAACUUUCAAGCCUCCCAAUGCACCCUCGACUGCGUCACCGUGAAGAUAAGCACCCACACAACGUCCAUGUGCGGUCAGUCCGCCACGUCCCCUGAAGACAUCGAGUGCAAGCGCGUAACCUGCCUCUCCAAAUCCAACCUCGCGAAACCCCUGCCUUUCAACACCAAAGCCAAGCUCGCGCACAACUUUCGCCUUUUAGAGGACACAGAAUGCGUCCCCAGCUUCAAGACGUACACCAUCACGCGCCGGUAUGACCUCUCCGUAUCCGUGGGGCUCAAGUACGAAGGCAGGGAGUUCACGGUGCGGUGUACGACGCUGUUGGAAAUCCUCCCGCGAGUGCCACGUGACCUGUUGCCUGGUGUGCUGGAAGAGGAGGAGGAAGACGAGCCCCUGCCACCGUAUGCGCCGCGGGAGCCGUCGAGGGAGUUUGCACCGAUGUAUGAAAGUAUCUUCAUGCUAGAGCAAGAGUCUUCGAGCGAGACAUCGCUGGCGUAUACGACGAGUAGGGGAUCUAGCACGACCUCCAACAUGUCAACGCCUGCUUCGGAGGUCGAGGGUAUGAGCUUUGGAGAGGCGGCGGUGAGUCGGUGAUUGUCCAGGUUUGUAGCAGACGACGUGUGUCGAGUUACGAUGUGUUGCACUACAGAUGGAGUCGCUGUUGACCUGCCAAUUUUGGUCCGUGGAUGGACAGACAUCACGCGAAGGCAUCCUGAGCAAGAGCCUCAGAAUAGCCACUUGCGAGGCUGGCAUCCCGGGCGGGUCCGUCUUCUUCAACCGGAGCCCGCAGUCCGCGAGUCCACCAGACAAACAUACCCGCGCUAUGAAGGGAACAGAGGAAGGCCUGUGGCAUAUCGACAAUUGGCCCAGGAAGGGGCACAGUAGGCGAGAUUGGCUUUGAUAAAU